AUGGUCGUCGAGUCGUGGUUCGAUCGCCUGGGUCUCCUGCACGGGGAGCGGCGGAAUGGCGCUUGCGGCGCAGAGGAUGAGGUUGCUGCAACGCUAGCGCCGACGGCCUCGAGGACAGUUGGUGUCUUGGCCUUGGAGUUGUCUGGGCUCCUCUCUAGGGUCGCCCAUCUCUGGCACUCCCUCGCUGACGACCAGAUCACCCGUAUCCGCGACGACAUCUCUCGUCUUGAGGGCGUACAGAAGCUCGUUUCUGACGACCGGGGCUUUCUUUUCGCGCUUGCCCUUUCCGAGAUCCUGGAAGCCCUCGGCGCCACCUCCCGCGCCGCCGCCUUGCUCGCUAGGCGCUGUUCGAUCCCUGUCCUCCGGAGGCUCGAGCAGGUGCUUCCCGACAUCGUGACGCCCACCGUAUCUGGCGGCGAGGGAAUGGCCCCCCAGUACGCGCUUGAUGCUCUGGGGGGCUGGGCGUUUACUGAGAAGAAGAUGGAGAGGAAGGUGAGGAAGAUGGAGAGGCUGGCGGCGGCAACGGUCCAUCUGUACCAGGAGAUGGAGGUAUUCGCCGAGAUGGAGCAGAGCCUGCGGAGGGCGCAGGCCAACACGAGCUCAAGCUUAUCCGGCUUUUCCCAGGGUGUCAGCUUGAUAGAUCUGGGGCAGAAGGUCGCCUGGCAGAGGCAGGAAGUGAAGGCACUUCGUGACCAAUCUCUGUGGAACAGGAGCUAUGACUACAUCGUGCGCCUUGUAGCGAGGGCUCUCUUCACCGUGGUGGUCAGGAUCAACCUCGUCUUCGGUUUCCACAGGAUCGCACACGAUUUGGGCAAAGAAGCCGGUGAUCCCAAUUGCCUUCCGCGCAGCUAUUCCGAGGCUGGAAGACCCCGUUCCUCCUCUCUCCAGGCGGACCGUCGCAGCACGGCGGAUGCAGAUCUCAGUUUCUGUUCAGGUCCUCUCGAAGGGUCUUGGAGGAAAUCGGGCUCAAUCGCCGCUGCAGAGUCGGGUCCCAUCGGCGGCGCAAAGGGCGCGGCCGGUGAGAAAAGGCCUGGAGCGAAACACCUGCAACCGCUCCCCGGAGGCAAGUCGUCGACGAGGACGAGGUGGUCCCUCUCCGGGGGAGCUUUCGGAGGUUGUAUGCUGUCCGGCAAAGACUCCCCCGUGCUGCCGGGCAGUCUGAAGCCCCUUGCCGGUUUGUUGAAUCCAAGAAGUGAGAAAGCUGCCGGCGGCGGCGGCGGCGGCGGCGGCGGCGGCGGCGGAAGCCAGUUUCGUAGAAGCAACCUGCUCGGGUGCGCUGGUGUAUCCCUGAGUCUCUUCGACUCCAAGUGGAAGUUGGUCUGUACUCCAUCGACCCUCGGUGCUUCUGCCUUGGCUUUGCGCUUCGCAAACAUCAUCAUCGUCAUCGAGAAGCUCGCGGAGUAUCCACAUCUGAUCGGCCCAGAGGCCAGAGAUGACCUGUACAGUAUGCUGCCGACGAGCGUCAAGGCGGCCCUGAGGGUGAAGCUGAAGCCGUACACCAAGAAUUUGGCUGUGUGUGUCUACGACCCAGCUCUGGCAGCGGAGUGGAGCGAUGCAUUGACGAGGAUCCUGGACUGGCUUUCCCCACUCGCUCACAACAUGGUGAGGUGGCAGUCCGAACGGAAUUAUGAGCAGCAACACUGGUUCUCAAGGUCAAAUGUUCUUCUUCUACAAACUCUCUACUUUGCUGAUCAGGCGAAGACAGAAGCAGCUGUCGUGGAGCUCCUGGUCGGUUUGAAUUACCUCUGGAGAUCUGCAAAGGAGAUGGAUGGCAGAGCCGUGCUGGAGUGCGUCCGUGGCAAGGAGUCUGUGCACUGUUACGAUGCAAAAUAG